CUGUGUGAUCUGAGUCUGUGUGCGUUCGUGUGUGUGUGCGCUGCUUGGUGACGUAGGCGCGUGCAUGUGUGCCCCGGUCACAGCUCCUUUCAGCAUGGCCGGAGGAGAGGUGUACUGGCAGACGCAUGACACACACAGAUCAGACUAUUUCUGUGUUGCAGAUGUGCAGUAAAGAGCCAAAGACCCAGUACUGUCUCCUGCCUCUUACUCUUACGCCAGAACACAACGCAACGACAACAGGCGUAACACUUGAACGGGUUACAUUGGUGCCGUGACCCUUUGGAUUCAUCAAGCAUCGACGUCAUCUCGAUCGCCGUGGGGAGCUCUUCGCAAUUGCCCUUGUUCCAAGUUGGUUGCUUUUCCUAACUUGUGUGGGACUUUUUGAAUGAGCCUGGACAUUUAAUCUGCUCAAUUCUGGUCCUGAUUAACAUUAAGUUUUUGCUUUUGUACAGUUACACUAUUUUGAAUCUUGUGUUUUUUGUGAUUGUGCUUUAUUCAUCAUUAUGGAGUCAGCAUCUGGUUCAGAGGCAACUGGUGUUCCUGAUGGGGAGGUUUCCUCUAAUGUUAGUUUGGGGCGAGGGUGGUUUCUUGGGGAUGGGUUUCAGACACCUAAAGUUGGUGUGUCGUUUGCUCCCAAGUUUUGUUCCACUCGUCUCCAGGUUCCCCCCUGUGACAUUCAGACCCAACAGACGUCUGCCAAUGCUGAGUUGAGUACACUCAUCUCAGAUUUGGCCAAUCAGAUUGGUCAGUCCAUUGUUGCCCAGCUGCAAGGUGAUAAAGGGACCAGUAUGCCUACUGAAGCCUCUAAGGCUGAGCAGGGACCCCCUGAGCUAAAUUUGUCUGGGGUGAAACUUGUCUUGCAAUCAGACGUCAAGGAGCCGCCAGUUUUCAGGGGUGACGGCAGUGAUAAAUUCUCCAUUCAUGAAUGGGUGGAAAUGAUGGAAAUGUACUUUGUAAGACGCAACACACCGACAGAUCAGCGAUCACGUGACAUAUUGGCUAGGUUGAUGGGGAAGGCUAAGGAUGUAGUGAAGGUCACCCUACGUCACAACCCCUCACUUGACCAUGUCCAGGUUCCUGAAUUGAUCUUUGACAUUCUGAAACAGCACUUUAGUGUAUUGACUUACUCUUCUAUGCCUAUGGCUGACUUCUAUAACACUAAACCAUUACAACAUGAGGGAGUGAUGGAAUAUUGGAUAAGGCUAAACAAUGCUAUUGACGUUGCUGACGAGUGCUUGCGUAGGCAGGGGCGUAAUGUUGAGGAUCCGGGACGUGAGGUCUCGAUGAUGUUCAUCAAGUAUUGCCCUGACCCCAUCCUCUUGAACAGGCUCAGCAUCAAAGCAGCUGAGGAGUGGACAACCACUGAGGUUCAAGAACGCAUUGAUAGCUUCCAGCGUGAACUCAGGGCACGCAGUCAGGGCAGUUUCCACACCUCACAGAGGCAAGAGGUUAGCCACAACUGCUCUAUUGUGCCUCAAGAAGUGAUGGCAUCACAGCCUGUGCAGGCCAGUGUCGCCUUGCAGUCUCAGCCUACAGCACCAGCCUCAAACCUUGCUUGUCAGCUUUCGCCCACAGCAGCUUGCUUCACUCCUGUUCUGACUGAUGUCUCGACAGCCUGUCUCUCUGGGACAUCAGUGUCUUCUUGCCCGGUGCCUACACCUACUCCUCAGUUCCAGCAGUCCCCAACAUGUCCUGUGAUCACUCAGUCUAGUCAGCAGUCAGUUGGUUGCAAGCUUGGUUUGACUAACACCCAAGCUUUUGAUGUGACUGGCAUGCGCGCUCUGAUCAGCCUCUUGGAUCGCGUGAUGGCAUGUCAGAAUGUGCAGUCUGCAGCCCUGGCAUCUGCACCUUCUCAGCGUUUUAACCGCGGGCCCUUCCUUAAGAAGAGUUGUCAGGUCUGUGGCAACACUGGUCAUUCCACUCACAUGCACUGCAGGAGAGAGGAUCUCUGUCUUGCAUGCUUUGCUCCUGGUCAUUGGAAAAAGGACUGUCACAGUCGUCGUGAGGGAUGGGAGGCCGGAGCUGCCGCGAGGCGGAGUUGGCCUUCGGAAAACUGAAUCACCCACACUUGGAGAGGGGCAGUGUGGGGGAUGAACCUAAUACCCUCAAUCCUGAUGAAUCGGAUCUUGAACUUCUUUAUGUCAACACCUGUUCGACAACGCCAGAGGGAUACCGUGUCGUGGUUCAGGGACCAGCAGUAGUGCCUACAUUCAGUGAAUUAUUCUACACCCAAGUUGCAGUGAACGACAAGGUUAACUUGAGGGGCAUGAUGGAUUCCGGGUCCAUGGCUUGCACUAUGAGUGAGGAGGCCGAGAAGUCGCUUAGAGAAGCUGGAGCUCUUGUGAGUGAACCGCAGUCAGCAGAACGUAUUGUGCUGGUUGGCUGUGGUGGGAAGCAGACCCACCCAAAAUCUGUUUAUGACUUGGCACUUACUGUCCACGGUGUGAAGUGCAUGGUGCCAGUCUUGGUGGUGUUGGGCCAGCGGGAUGAGCUCAUCAUCGGCUCCAAUGUCCUCAAGUACCUGAUGCGAGUUAUGAAACAUUCUGAUGACUAUUGGAAGCUUGUGUCUGUGGGGAGCAAGCACUCGCUCCUUGACUAUGAGCACUUCUUGGACAUGAUGUCGUGCACCACCAGAUGGAGGGGUGAAGAGGUUCCUGACAAAAUUGGCACUGUGAAACUGCCUCGUGCUGUGACACUACUCCCACAGUGUGAGCAUCUGGUAUUGGGCAGACUGCCCAGCAAUGUGCCAGUCUCUCCAGGCAGCACGAUCAUUGUGGAACCUUGGACCUCUGGGUCUGGGCCGAGAGACGUUCUUGUUGGCCGGGUGAUCACGUCCAUGUGGGGCGAUCGGUGGGUGCCGUUGAAUAUGACCAAUCUCUCCGCAAAACCAGUGACCUUGAAACGCAACUCGAGGGUUGCUGUUGUUUCAUCUUGCCUUGCGGUGGAGGACCUUGAUUUCCCGCAGGACUCCUGCAAGGUGGCGAGUAUGGCCCAGGCACAAGUCAGUGGGCCAGCCGCUACCGAGGCUGACUUGAAUGACAGGUUGUGUUCCCUCGGUUUGGGUGACCUUGACAUUGACUCAUGCCAUGCCAGCUUACAUUCAAAGAGAGAGCUUGUUGAGCUAGUUGAGCAGUAUGAGGACAUCUUCUCUAGACACCCGCUUGACUGUGGCGAAGCUAAACGCUUUGUACAUCGGAUCCACCUGACUGAUGAACGCCCAUUCCGCAUGCCUUACAGAAGAGUGCCUCCUGCUCAUUACCAACAACUAAGGCAGGUACUCACUGACAUGGAGGAGAAAGGGAUUAUUCGCAAGUCCAUCAGCGAGUAUGCAUCCCCCCUCGUCAUGGUCUGGAAGAAGGACGGUGGAUUGCGGAUUUGUACGGACUUCAGGUGGUUGAAUGCGCGAACUCUUAAGGAUGCGCACCCACUCCCUCACCAAGCAGAUUGCCUUGCCGCGCUUGGGGGCAAUGCCUUCUUCAGCACGAUGGAUUUAACUUCCGGGUUUUACAACAUUCCAAUGUGUAAGGAGGAUAAGAAGUACACCGCUUUCACAACGCCUGUUGGCCUGUACGAAUACAACCGGAUGCCACAAGGGCUCUGCAAUUGCCCAGCUUCAUUUAUGCGCAUGAUGCUGAACAUCUUUGGUGACCUCAACUUCACCAGUCUGCUCUGCUACUUGGAUGACCUCCUGGUCUUUGCUCCCACUGAAGAGGAGGCCCUGUGCCGGCUCAGAGCUGUUUUUCAAAGGUUGAGAGACAACAAUCUCAAGCUGAGUCCAAAGAAGUGUCAUCUGCUGCGGAAGUCAGUCAAGUUUCUUGGUCAUGUCAUCGACCAGACCGGAGUCGCUGUGGACCCUGCUAAGGUGGAAGUGAUUUCCAAGAUGCCAAAGGAAGCUCUGAUGGAGAAGGAUGGUUGCACUCCUUCUGUGAAAAGGAUUAAGUCCUUUUUAGGAAUGGUCUUUUUCUAUCAGUGCUUCAUUCCUGGUUGCUCAGCCAUUGCCAAGCCUCUGUUUGCUCUGACGGCUGGCCAGAAGAGGAAGGGACGGACUAGUCAGGCUGGGAGGGGUGCUGGCAUGUUUAGGAAGUUGACUGCUGCAGAUUGGAGCCCUGCGUGUGACAAGGCCUUUCAUAAACUGAAGGACGACCUCCUUAACUGUGCCGUGUUGGCUCAUCCUGACUUUUCACGACCGUUCAUUUUGUCUGUGGAUGCUUCUCUGGAUGGACUGGGAGCGGUUUUAUCACAAUUGCCUAUCGACGAGGAUAAGGCACGCCCUAUUGCUUUCGCGAGCAAAGCGUUAAGCAGGUCACAGCAGAGAUACCCAGCCCAUCGCCUAGAGUUCAUGGCCCUGAAGUGGAGCAUCUCUGAAAAGUUCAGCCACUGGUUGAAGGGGCACGAGUUCACAGUGUGGACUGACAACAACCCGCUCGUUCAUAUAUUGACCAAGCCCAAGCUGGACGCUUAUGAACAAAGGUGGGUGGCCAAGCUGUCAUCCUACAACUUUGAUUUGAGGUACAUCCCAGGUCGAAAGAAUGUUGUAGCGGAUGCACUCAGUCGUGACCCCUUCACCUAUUCUAUUGGUGGCCGCUUGCUUCAGGAGCCCUACGAGCACUUGGUGCGGAAUGCAGACGGUGCGGCAGCUCAUGAGGUGCAGGACGCUUUCAGGUUUGGUGUCCAAAAUCUUCAGGUUGCCCAACAACCUGCUCCAGCUCUGACCUCAGAAGAUUCCUACAGUUUGUCGGAAGUCAAGGCUACCUUGGUUCACCAUGAUUACUGGGAAACCACUGCGGAGAAUAGAGCUGUCUCCCUUCUCCACCUUGUUCAGCAGUUGCAGCCAGUUGGCAAUGAUGUACUGCCAUCACUUACCUUGCAUGAGCUGGAGGACCACCAACUUCAAGAUCCUGUCAUCUCCGCUGUCCUGCCACUCAUAGCCCGCAGGAGGCGCCCUUCCAGGCGUGAGAGACAUGAUAUGGAUUCCAGGGCACUGGCCUUAUUGAAGCACUGGGAGAGGUUCAAGGUUCGGGAUGGCAUUCUCUACAGGGAGACGAGAGACCCUGUGAGCAAAACAAAGAGACUCCAGUUGGUGUUGCCAGCGAAUUUACGGGCACAGGCCUUGAAAGGUGUCCACGAUUUGGCAGGGCACCAGGGUCAAGUUCGGACCCUCCACCUAGCAAGGCAACGUUUUUUCUGGCCCAAUAUGGAGAGGGAUGUGAAGGAGCAUGUUCGGUGCUGUGGAAGGUGCAUACUCGCCAAGACUCCAGAGCCUGCAGCACGAGCCCCAUUAGAGAGCAUUAAGACCUCUGCUCCCAUGGAGCUCAUCUGCAUUGACUUUUGGUCAGCAGAGGACAGAAAGAAGCGCUCUGUUGAUGUGCUUGUGGCAACUGACCACUUCACGAAGAUGGCCUUUGCUUUCCCGUGCAAGAAUCAGACUGCCAAGCAGGUUGCCAGAAAGUUGUGGGACUUUGUUUUUUGUGUAUAUGGUUUUCCUGAGCGUAUUCACUCAGACCAAGGUCCCAGCUUUGAGAGUGAAUUGUUUUCUGAGCUUCUGCAGAUUUCGGGCGUUGCCAAGUCUCACACUACUGCUUAUCACCCUAUGGGCAAUGGUGGCACGGAGCGGUUCAACCGCACACUUGGCAAUAUGCUGCGAGCUCUCCCUCUCAGAGCCAAACAGGAAUGGCCGCAGCAGAUUCAGACAUUGACCUUUGCUUAUAAUGCAACUGUUCACGAGACUACUGGAUAUGCCCCAUUCUACUUGAUGUUCGGCCGUGUCCCACGACUACCGGUCGACGUUCUGUUCAAGUCUGUUUUGCAUGAUCCCAUUGUGGUGGACUUUAACAGCUACUCCCAGCUUCUUCUUUCAUACUUGUCUGAGGCUGCCAAGAUCGCCCAGGAGCACACCAGCAAUGAGCAGGAGCAUCAGGCUCGUCAGUACAAUAAGAAAUUCAAGGGUGUGUCUCUGAAUGUUGGGGAUCGCGUGCUGCUUGCCAAUAAAGGCGAGCGGGGCAAGAAGAAGCUUGCAGACAAGUGGGAACCUCGGGUUUAUACUGUUGUGGAGAGGCAUCCCAGGACCCACAUUUACAGGAUCAGUGACUCUUCAGGCCAGAGUAAGGUUGUACACAGAAACCUUCUGUUGGAUGUGAGUUUCCUUCCUGUUCAGGAUGCAUUGGGGAGUCAGUCCCUGGACGUUUUCUCCAGUGAGGGGGAUCUCAGUGCUUGUGGGGAUCUGGAGGACCCUGGCAGUCUAGAGACAGAGUCUACCGCAGCAAGGACUUCCUUGUGGGUCCUUUCGGAUUUGAGCCAUGGGGUGGAUGUGGAUUCUGUGGUAGGAGAGCAGGCCUCACGGUCCACGGAUCGUCAGCAUGGUUCAUGUGAUGGUGCGGAUGUGGACAAUGCCUUACCUGACUCUCAGACUUGCACAACUCACACUUCAGCAAGCCCUUCUGGUCAGACCCAGCACUUUGCUCUUCCUACUCCAGUUGACUGUUCCGCUACUUCUGAUGUGACACAGUCUGGCACAGUUUCUGCUCCAGGUGCCUGUCAUGGGGACGCUGCUGUUCCGCAGACUGUUCCUGUUUCUGGCUCAGACAUGAAUCAGACCUCUGGUCGGCCGUAUCCUGGGCAGCCAUCCAACUUGCCAAGACAUGACCCUGACCGUGCCAAUGUUCGAGGCAGAGUGGUUACCAGAGCAGGUCGGGUGGUAAAGUCAGUCAACAGGCUGAUAGAAAACAUGGUCCAGAAGCCUAUUACAUGGGGCCUGCUACCGCCACGGGAGGCUCGGCCUCUGACAUAGACUGUUUUUUGGUCAUCCCAUUGCGUAUAAUGAAUGUGUAUUUCCUUGAGGCAUCAUGACGCACUCACUGUGCGUGUCUAAUGGGACCACGUUUGAUGAGGUGUAGGCUGCACCUUUGUGUUCUGAAAGGGUUGGAGGCCUGAUCAACCUAUCCAACUUCUUUUAAUCCAUUUACGGAUAGUUUUUUAACUGAACUAUGGGAUAAGAUCCUUGGGUUGCCUGGUCCGGAGGUAAUGGUAGUUCAGCAUCGUUGUGCCUCUUGGUAUUGCAGUACCAUUCAGAUGUGUAGUGAUUUUGGUGAAAUUCAGGGGGGGUGAAUGUAACAUAUGUGUUAAAUACUUGUGAAUUUCACCCAAAACACCUUCUUUUGGAUUAAAUAUGUCAUUUUGCAUCUCACUCUCCUACCUGUGUGAUCUGAGUCUGUGUGCGUUCGUGUGUGUGUGCGCUGCUUGGUGACGUAGGCGCGUGCAUGUGUGCAGGGCUGGACUGGGACAAAAAAUCGGCCCGGGCAUUUUGACUAGAGA